GUCAAGCUAGAAUAGACGCGUCGUGCUGACUGGUCGCCAAAGUAAUGGCGACUUGCGAUUCAGACUUUAGUAGUGAUGCUCCAGCAGAUUUUCAUUUAUCGUCUUCCACUGAAGAUAGUUGCACCCGUUUGAGCCCAACCUUUGAGAAGUGCCCUCUCUGUUCUAGCCAAAGAAAAGUUUUCUAUUGUCGACAAUGUAUACAGAACGGAGAUUUUGUGCAUUCUGUCCGUCAUUACUCAACAAGAUAUGCAGAGAAGCACAUGCAGCUAAUUCAGCGUCGAAAAGAGAGGCGAGAAAUAGAGCAGCGGUGCAGAAAUAUUUUAUUGAAGCGCCUUCAGGUUAAUAAAUUGCAAUGUGAAAUAUUUGCAUACCGUGAACGUGUUAGGUUGCUGAAGUUGCUUAUUCAGGAAACUAAGGAGAAUAUAUCUAUAGCUGAAUCCAAGGUUACAAAUCUUCAGGAAGCAAAUGCACAUCGUAGUGACAGAUUGCCACGUUAUGAAGAGCGUAUAUGUAAAUUGGAGAGAUACGUUGUUCAGAUGGGCAUGGAUGCUGAGAAGCGCCGAGCUAACAUGCACCUUCUCCAUGAAGAAUUAAAAAAUGUUAUCAGAACCAAUGUUCACCAAUUAGUUCAAUAUAUUUUUCCCAUUGCACAAGCUCAACCUGUAACCAGGGUACCUCCAGGUGUGAAGUCUGCAAGUCCUGAGAAUGAAGAAGAGAGCUCAGGAGUUGCUGUUUGGAGUGGUGGGAUGAAGGCUGAAGGAGUUACUUGGCAUGGUCUUCCUGUCAUUAGAGAGACUGAAACAGAGCCACUGGAUACUGUAAGUGCCUUGGCAGAUGCAACAAGGACAGCCUACAUACGUGGUCACUGGGUCUUCACCGACAGUUCAGGAGAACUACAGCAUUGCAUUGUUGCCCCCUGGCUUCCAGAUUCUGGAGAUUAUUCUGCAUAUAACAUGUGGGUGGCCGCCAACAAAGAUGGAGUCCCGGGAGCUGGUGGUGAUUUUGAAGUGCAUAACCCUGCGUAUAACAUAAGUGCUGCCCUCACAUACACCACUCAACUUGUCAAUAUUUUAGCAUUUUAUUUGGAUGUUCGACUUCCUACGAAACUAUGUUACAGUGAUUUCUGUGGUCAUGAAUUAAAGACACCGCAAUUUAUAAGAAGAGUAGCAAGAUUGAAUUCUAAUGUUCUACAUUUGUGUUUCUCACAAAAUGUCAAUCCUAAUUUGUUGCAUCCAUCCCAUACUUUACAGAACAUUCUGCAUCUUCUGGAUACUGAAGUUAGUGAUCUUGGAAGGCAAGGUCCACUAGAAAUAGAUUUGCUUUUAACUAAGUUUCUAGAAGAUCAACUGACCAAAGACCUUGAAUGUAAUGAAGACUCAGGCUCUGAGGAUGAAAGCGAUACUCUUCCAUAUGAAUGGGAAACUGUUCAAAGUGUGGCAUGUCCAGAGAGUGCCCCAGGUGUUAAUACUGUUGCAUUGCCACAAGCCCUCACUAAUACACAACACGCCACAAGCAUGGCAGGGGGCCUGGUGACAAGUGCAGCAGCCAGUAUCGCCUCCUUCUGGAGAGGCUGGACGGGGCAAAAAUAAAGGGGCAUAGAAAUCCCAUUCUUCUCGCAUCACUGUUUUCACGCUUGAGCAUAGCCAAAUUUGCUCAACUGUGUUCCUUUUGCAGAAGGCAUUUCUUCUGCUACAAAUCAGGAGAAGUCAGGUGGUCUUCAUCUUGGUUUGCUCCCUGAUUCGGUUACUACAGUGCAUUGGCUGCAGUAUUGUUUUACAAAUAAUGCAGCAAUCAGAGUCGCCUUGAAUGUCUUAGGGUCUAAGGGCCCCAUGGAAAGUUGGGCUCAUAUUUUUGUACAGUAGUUUUAGUUAAUUUGUAGACCAAACAAAGAUACUCAAUCUUUUUAAUAGUCUGUAGUUGAUUUCUUCUCUAUUCCAGGAGAGGAUAAACUGCUAUGAAAUCGGUCUCAAGUGAUUUUAACUCACAUUUAAUAGCAUGGGAAGUUUUAUGUAAUUAACAUUUAAGUGAAAAUUAAGUAGGGAAGCCUUUUAGGAAUGCGACAACACUUCUCUAGUAUUUAAUGUUUAAUGUAUCAUCAUUUAAUAAUUUCAAAAAUUGACUUGGGAAAGCUUGCAGAAGUAUUCCCAUUAUUACAUAUUAUUAAAACUAACAUCUUUUCACCAUAAAAAAAAUUUCUUUUACUUGUAAUUGUCAAUUAUUUUUGAAUUGAAUUUACUUUUAGUACUUUUAGUAAUACUUAUUAGAGAUUCAGAAGAAAUUUCCAAGCCCUGGGCCCUGUCAUAGAGGAUUUGUUGAUUAAGAUGACUCUGGUAGCAAUGCAUGGUAAUCUGUUGUGUAAUCAUUGUUUAUUCUUCUGGUUGGCAUGAAUUUUUUGUGUUUCAUAUUAAGCACAUAGUGGGCAGGUCCCAGUUUGAGAAUAAUCACAUUAGAAUAUUGAUGUGGUGUGAUGUUGCGUACAAAGUUUUAGUUGGUGUACAAGAACUCAGAAUUAUGAGGUUUAUUUGCAUGCAUCAUAUGUAUUAUGUUCAUCAUGUAUUAAUGUUUGCUAAGGACUUAGCUUUAAUCUUCCUGCUAGAGCUAUCUCCUUUGUAAUUUUAUUUUUAAUUCAGUUUUACUUCUAUGGUGAUCUUUCAAACAUGACAUCAUAUUAUGUUGUCUUCUUUUAUUUACAACAUGUCUUAUGAUGUUAAUGUGAAUGAAGAUUUGCAUUUUGAUGUGAUGAAAGUAUUUCCUUGCACAGUUGGAGAAAUAUUUUUAGACUUACGUAUCUAGUUAAAGUUUGUAAAUAAGCUCAUGUGGAUUUUUAGUUGUAAGUAUAUAAAACAUUGCCCAGAAAAUUAUUUGUUAAUGCAUUUGACAUAUCAUUGUGCCUAUUGAAAUGAAAAGAUCAAUUAGAUCUUUUAUUCUUGGCAAAUAUGUCAUAUGACAAUACACAUGUAAUUUUUAUCUGAUUGUUCCUUACAUAAUUUGUAUUGUCUACUGACAGCUACUGUAAUAGUACCUUUCUUGUAGAACUUGAAAAUCAGUUAUAAUAAUUUCACAUUUUAUUUUAUUUUAUUUUCAUUUAAUGCUCAAAAUUAUUGAGACAAAGGUUUUCUGUUUUAUUAUAAAGAAAUAUGUGCAUUAUAUAACUACUAAUUUAAUUUUUUCUAUUACUUUAGUUUUGGUUUUUCCAAUUUUUUUACCUUGUGUGACUAUGUAGUUCAUGCAUACAAAAUAACUUGGAUGCUGAGGGCACUAAGUGCAUUUUCCUAGGUGUUUUUUCCCUAAUGGUGUUAUAUACUUAUCUAAAGAUCAUGUGCAUUUUUGGUUGGAGAAUAAGGAGAAUAUGCUAUAAAAUGAAUGCAUGCCUUAAUUGUGAAAUGAAAAUAAAUACUACCAGAAUUAGAUGUUAGAAGUGAUAAAAUUUGAAAUUGUGUAAGGAGUCUUUAAAUGUGAAGCGAGUGUGUUGGUGUCACAGCAUGUUUUUGUAUUUUUCGGAAUGUGUGAGGGAUUUUUAUUCAACAUCCAAAGAGCCUUAAAAAAGACAAGCAAAGAAAAAAAUUAUUGUACAAUCAAGGUCACUUUUCUACACAAUCACUGUGAAGAUUCAGGCAUUUGUUGUAUCUGGGGAAGACUUUUUUGAUAUCCUCUGAUGAAUUUUGCUGCCAAUGAAGUGAAAUGGGCCUGAAUUUGCUUUGAAGCUCCUCUUUGGCAUCCUGAUCAAUUCUUCAGUUCAAUAAAGAGAUAGGAAUCACUUGACACCAAGUUGGGGAUAGAAGCCAUGUGAUGAAGCACAUCCCCUCUGCCCAAGAAGUAAUAUUUACAGCAGCAGUGUGAGUGCAGUCAUUGUUGUGAAUAAGAACAUCU